UGAUGUGUAUGUGCAUCUCGCUCACUCAUGUGUAGCACCGCAUUGUGUGAAGGUGUCAUUGCGCACGGCAGUAUUAAACUAGUAUCCAUCGAAACCCCACGUCUUCUUAUUUCUGCACCAUUUACCCACAAACAUAUCAUUGGCGACGAGGACGAUUUUACCCACAUACAAAAAUAAAAAAUGGCGAAGUCAUUUUUGGGUAAUUUAUCGACGUUUGAUUAUAAAUCCGGCGAGUGGUCUAUUUUCAAAGGGCGGUUGACCCAAUUUUUGAAGGUUAACGAAGUCAAGGAAGAGAAUAAAAGUGCAAUCUUGAUUACACAUUUAUCCGAUGACUCAUAUCGUUUGGUGCGUAAUUUGGCUUAUCCGGUCGAGUUGGAGGCGCUGGACUAUAAGAAGCUGGUGGAACUGCUUGAUACUCACUUCAAACAGAAGCAAUGUUCAUUUUCGGACAAGGCCAAAUUUUAUGGAGCUAAGAGGAGCUCAGGCGAGUCAUUGGGCGAUUGGGCUGCACGACUGCGAGGAUUGGCGAGCUACUGUAACUUCGGAUCCGCUUUGGACACAAACCUGACGGAUCGUUUUGUCCUGGGCUUAGGAGCGGGGCCCGAGCGUGAUAAGCUAUUUGAGCAGAAUGCUUCCACGUUGGAAUUUAACAAAGCGUUGGAGAUAGCUGAGCGAGCGGAAUGCGCUAGAGAAGCCAGGAAGGUGUUGUCCACAGAUGACACUGCCAUAAAAGAAGAACCGGUGAACAAAAUAUACAAGGGCGGUUCACGUCGCGGCGGCGGUGGCAGCGGCGCAGGCGGCGCUCGUGCGGGGACACGAGAUGCAAGUCGUGAGGCUGGCCGUUGUUCUAUAUGCGGUUUAAAAGGUCACGAUAAGGAUGUGUGUCGUUACAAAAAUUAUAAGUGUCAAAAAUGUGGAAAAGAAGGGCAUUUAAAGAAAGUGUGUAAUAAAAAAAACCAAACCAACCGUGUUCGCGUCAAUAAUAUCGGAAGCGAUGAUAGUGAUAGUGAAACAGACGGUAGCUGUAAGGAAUGCCAUAAUUUUAACAUAAGGUAUGUAACAGACAAACCGUUGUGUUUAGACAUUAAAGUAGGUGAUAAAAAUGUAACCAUGGAGUUAGAUUCUGGGUCUGGAGUUUCUGUCAUAUCAAAUAGAAUGUACUCAGAACUGUUUGCACAUUAUAACUUAACUGACUGUACGAUUAAAAUGUGUUUAUAUAACGGACAUAAAAUCUCGCCGUUGGGGUAUUUCCAGCCUAUUGUCGAAUAUAAAGCACAAAGGAAAGAAAUUAAGAUAUUUGUAGUAGACUCGAAUGGCCCUCCCCUACUCGGGCGCGAUUUCAUGUCCACUUUCGGUUUAAUUUUAACAAAUGUUUAUAAAAUAAGUCAGGAUCACGAUGUUAAUGCAUUAUUGGAACAGUUUCCUAGCUUAUGGAAAGAUGAACUUGGUUGUUUUAAUAAAUUUAAAGUGCACCUACGAUUAAAGGAAAAUUCAGUACCAAAAUUCUUUAAGGCCCGACCAAUACCGUUUGCCUUAAAAGACAAGGUAGAAUUAGAAUUAGAUAGAUUAGUCAGUUUGGGCAUACUAGUUCCGGUAAGUAAUUCACGUUAUGCAACACCCAUAGUACCGGUUUUAAAGGAUAAUAACACGGUUAAGAUAGCAGGUGAUUUUUCAGUCACACUUAAUAAGGACCUUAUAAUAGAUAAGUACCCGCUACCAAGGAUUGAAGAAGUGUUUGCUAAGCUUGGUGGGGGAGAACAUUAUUCGAAAAUAGAUUUAAAAAAUGCAUAUAAUCAAUUUUGUCUCUCGGAAGAUUCUCAGGAGUUGACUACUAUUAACACACCAAAAGGAUUAUUUAAAUAUACACGUCUAGUUUACGGUCUUGCGAAUGCUCCUGCCCUGUUCCAAAAAGCAAUGGAAGUUUUAUUGUUGGGUAUCGAAGGAGUUAGUAUAUGGUUAGACGAUAUUUGUUUGACUGCGCCAACAAAAGCACUUCAUAUAAAGAGAUUAGCACAGGUUCUAAGCAGGUUAAAUGAAGCGGGGUUGCGCCUUCAGAAAGACAAAUGCGAGUUUUUUAAGGAUAAUGUAACGUACUUAGGUUACAUUAUCGAUAAGAACGGAUUACGUACUAACCGCGAUAAAGUUAAGGCAAUAUUAAAUGCGCCGGAACCGACAAAUAUUACGGAAGUAAAGAGGUUCCUAGGAGUAGUCAACUACUACAGGGUUUUUAUUCCUAAUGCAUCGAGCAUUAUGAGCCCGCUCCACGAGUUGCUGCGCAGUGGCGCGCGGUGGGAGUGGGGAGCGCGCCAGCGCCGCGCGGUGCGUCGCGUGUGCGCUGAGCUCGCCUCUGAGCGCGUGCUGGCGCAUUUCGAGCCGAGCGCGCAGCUAGUGCUAUCAGUAGAUGCCGGGCCGCAUGGACUCGGGGCUGUCCUAUCUCAACGGGGCAGCGAUGGCGGCGAGCGACCAUUAGCGUACGCCUCGCGGUCGCUUUCGGUAAGCGAACGCAAUUAUAGUCAAAUACAAAAAGAAGCGACAGCGAUCAUUUUUGGUGUCAAACACUUCCAUCAAUACCUUUACGGAAGAAGCGAGCCAUUUAUUCUUAAGACCGACCACCGGCCCCUGGUAUCAAUAUUUAAUAAUAAAACGGGUAUAUCGAUAACUACAGCAUUACGGUUACAAAGAUACGCUAUUAUACUUUCUGCAUACAACUAUACAGUUCAGUAUAUAUCAAGUGAUAAUAACUUAGUCGCUGAUUAUUUUUCCCGUGCACCUGUGGCGGAUACUGCGUGCAAGGGAGAUAGCGAAUAUGACGCAUAUUUGUCACUGAAUUUCUUAGACGUGACCGACCCAGCUGUUUUGUUAAUGGAUUUAAAGAAGGCAACUUGUAGUGAUAAAAUUAUUCAAACCGUCAUUAAAUAUACAAAUGUAGGUUGGCCUCGUAAGAUUGUUUGCGAGUCUAUUCGUCCCUUCUUUUUAUGUCGUAAUGAUUUGCAAUACGAAAAUGGUAUUUUAAUGCGGGGUCAUAAGGUGGUAAUUCCAGUGGCACUGCGAGAAAGAAUGUUGCGCGAACUGCACAGCACGCAUUUAGGCAUAGUAAAAAUGAAAUGUAAUGCGCGUAGUAGGAUGUGGUGGCCCGGUAUAGACGAGGAUAUUGAGAGGUGUAUCGGCGCAUGCGACGUUUGCGCGAGCGUGCGGCCUGCGCCGCCGCGAGCUGCGCCCGCGCCGUGGCCGAGUCCAGCCGCGCCGUGGGAACGCAUCCACAUUGACUAUCUGUCUAUACGUCAACAGACGUAUCUAGUAGUGAUUGACGCAUACUCUAAAUGGUUAGAAUGUAUUAACAUGCAAAAUGAUACUACUAGCCAAUCUUUGAUAAGAAAACUGAAACAAUGUUUUUCUGUGUUUGGUUUACCUUGUACUUUAGUUUCAGAUAACGAUCCCAAGAUAAAUUCAAAGGAAUUUAAUUUGUUCUGUUCCAAUAAUGGCAUUAAAUACAUGACGACUCCAAUUUACCAUCCAUGUAGCAACGGUCAAGCGGAAAACUCAGUAAGAACAUGUAAAAAGAUGUUGAAAAUAAUAUUAAGUGAAAACUCUGCACAACAUGUGUUACGUGAAAAAUUGAUAGGCUAUUUAUUUGAAUAUAGGAAUACAGAGCACUGCACUACUGGACACUCGCCCGCAGAAUUAAUGUUUGGUCGGAAGCUGAGAUCACGGCUUGAUUUAAUACUUCCAAAAGAAAAUGAAUCGCAUAAAACAAUGUCGAAGGAGAAUGAAUGUAGUAGCAGAGCCUUUGUGAUUGGUGACAGGGUAUGGGUCCGGUGGUACAGUGGUAGAAAAGAAGCUUGGAAAUUAGGAGUAAUAAGUAAAGUGAUAGGGAAAAGAAUGUAUGAAGUGGUGGUUGAUGAUCAAAGUGUAUCUUGUAUUAGGCAUCUUGAUCAGCUUUUAGAGUGUAAAAAUAAAGGUAUAGCAAGAUCAAUUGAUUGUGAUGAACCGAUGCCUUCAGGGGUUCCACCCGUUCCUAGUUCACCGACUUCAACAAUUCAGUUUAGUCCAACAACAUCCGAAUUAAUUAGUGAGUCGGAUUCAGUUAGCACAACAGGUGUAGAUUCAGAGGAACCGGUGGAAGAAGAAACGGUGGCAGCGCCAGUUACUAUUACUAGCGUGGAAGGUUCUAGCAAUGCUGCUGGAAGCAGUAGUAGUGGUAGCGAUGUAAUUUGUACUGAAGCUCGAGAAGGUGUACGCCAAUCUGUCAGUUGUAUGCCAGACGCCCAGGCUCCUCAAGCCUCGGCCAGGCCACAGGAUUCAUCUCCGCAAUUAUCACGUGCACGUUCUCAGCGAGUUAGGAAGAAGAUUUCAAAAUUAGUGUGGAGGAAUGAUGUGUAUGUGCAUCUCGCUCACUCAUGUGUAGCACCGCAUUGUGUGAAGGUGUCAUUGCGCACGGCAGUAUUAAACUAGUAUCCAUCGAAA